AUGUAAUCAUAUAAUCCAGCCGUCUCUCAUAAAAGAAAAGAAAGAGAUAUAGCAAAACUAAUGAUGUCUAAUUAUCAUGUUGAAUAAUGUGCUUAAAACCCAUACAAUUUUAAAGUUAAUAUAAAUGGGUAAAAAUUAUAGUAAUUAUUAUAAAGACCAUCUGAUUCUCUCUAUGCUGGAGGAGUCUAUACUAUUAAUGUUCUUCUACCUGAAUAAUAUCCAUACAAAUCCCCAAGUAUUGGUUUCCUUACUAAAAUAUUCCAUCCAAACAUAGAUGAAGCGUAUUUAAUACUAUAUAUUUAUAGUUCUGGUUCUGUCUGUCUUGAUGUCAUUAAUUAAGCAUGGUCACCUAUGUAUGAUCUCAUGAAUGUUUUCGAAGUCUUCCUUCCUUAAUUACUCAAUUACCCUAAUCCUAGUGAUCCUCUUAAUCCAGAUGCAGCCAGUCUUCUCAUCAGAGAUAAACCUAGGUAUUCCUCAAUCAUAUAUAUCUAGAUAUGAGAAGAAGGUCAAAGAUAUGGUUCUUAAAUAUGCCACUAAACACAACAAGGAAGUUUAAAAUAUCGAAAUUAUAAAAGAAUCAAAAUAAGAUGAUGAAGAUAACGUUUCCCUCAUCUCCUUAGACAAUGUAUCAUAACUAUCAGAACACUCUUAUGGACAUGCUGAAAUUCAAAGUUUAUUUUGA